UGUACUAGGUCAUCGGUUCUCGGACGCGUCCGAAAGAAACAGUUCUCAGAUCAGUGUACUGGUGAUUCGCUGUAUCGGUUCAGUAAUUCACGCAUGCGCAGUAUCAACAGCUCGCGCCCCCAGUACUCUCAGCACAAAAUGUCUCAGUUCAGUGUACAGGAGUUACAUAUACUCCGGGAUAUUAGUCUAUUUAGAGUCGGACCGACUGUCAGGCAUGACCGAAACAUGUGUGUGAGGUCUGAGAGGACAAAGAUGGACGCAGGCCGAGAUCAGGCGAGCAGAAUCAGACACUUGUGGCUGCUGUCCAUCAAAGAAUCACAGAUGAGGCAGAAAGAUGCUUAUUCAUCAAUAGGAAAGGUCAACACGUAUCAGCUUCUGUAUUGCCGUGUUGGAAUUGGUUAUCUUCUACAGAUCCAGCCCAAUGGAACUGUAAGGGGUGUGCACACACCGACCAAGCACAGUUGGGUGAAGGUGUUUGCAGUGAAGUCUGGAGUAGUGGGCAUUCGUGGCGUGAUAAGCAGGCUGUAUUUAUGUAUGAAUAAAGAAGGAAUCACACAAGGAAUGACACAUUUUUCAUCAGACUGUCUAUUUAAGGAGCACCUACAGGAGAACCACUACACAACAUAUUCAUCUGUAGCUCAUCCAGGCUUAUACCUGGCCCUGUCCAGAAAAGGACAUCUCAGGAGAGGAGACCUGGUGCAUCCACACCAUGCCAGCAGUCACUUCCUGCCUCGCAAAGUCUCAGUGAGCUGAACAACAUCACAUCAGCACUUUAAGUAGCAACUAUACCCCUCUAUAUACAACACUGCUUUUGUUCUGAAGAGGAAUAGACUACCUGAAGAAAAGAAAUACUUCAUCAGAGGUAGAAAACAGCUACAAGAUAUCUUCUGAAAUCUAACAGGCUGAAUAGACCACUGUUUAAGAUGUUUAUAGUUGUGUAAUGUUGCAGGCCCCUUUGCACAUUUUCUCCUCUUAAAUUAUUGAUGGAUUGCUGGUACAUGCUUAAAGGUAUACACCACCCAUGUGUACCACUCUCUCAAGUGACGCUAGUGCAUGGAUUUUGACAAUGAAUUUAAAUUUUAUUUAUAAGAGAAACUAGACUUCUGCACAAGCCAACAGUUCACACAGAAAUGCGUACAUUCGGAGGAUACAAGGUUUAAAGGCUAGGUUCCGGUUCCACCACGUACCCUGAGGAGAUUAAAGCUCUUACUAAAGCAGAAUAAAUGUUAAGUAGAGUGAAUGUAAAUUUAAACUGUUUAUAUACUAUUUAUUUGUAGGUAUUCUGCAUCGAUACUGGUAUUUUAUAUGCAUAUUUUUCAUGUAUCUAUGUACAGUUUGUAUACUUUUAUAUAAAUAAAUGUUUAUUUAAAUGUUUAUAUUUAUUGCUUAUAUUUAAUGCUUUUUUCAUUGCUUUAUUCCAUUUUAAUAAACAUUAAUACACAUACGUU